AUGGAGUCGUGUGAACAGAUGAGAGAGCUUGAGGAAGAUGACAAGAAGGAGCACAUUCCUAUGACGACAGACUUUGAUCACUAUUAUGAUCACGAAUCUGUGGGUACUGAAACUCUUGGCUACUCUAGUGGGAUUGUGAGAUCAUUCCCCAAAGACUGGAUACUUCAACAACUGCUGGGACCUAUUCGUCUUUUUUCAGUGUCCACUUCAAGUACUUAUGAUCGUGUAGAGAUAUUAUAUGCAGGUCGGUUGGGACUCCUCAAAGUAGGAGAUCAUCAUCAUCAUCUGAUUCUAGUUCUGCUAGAGUUACUGACAAUCAGAAAGAUACUGAGCUCAGAAGCCCCACCUCCUUCAUACAAUGAAGCUUUGGAAUUGAAACAAGUUAAUCCUCGUCCUAAUGAACUUGAGGAGAAACAGCAUCCAGAAGAAUUGAUAAAUCCACAUGAGUUAGUACUGGAGAAGGAGUCUCGUGUUCGUGAGACUAUGAAGAUAAUGGGUCUCAAUAACUGGGUACUCUGGACAACAUGGUGGAUUAAGGAAUUUGUGUUCUUGUUGCCUCUAAUGAUCUGUUUUGCUAUUUUGUUUAAGAGCUCUGAAAACAAAAAGGUAGCCAUUGAUGGUUUAUCAAUGAACUUGUACAAAGGCCAGAUUACAGCUCUUCUUGGUCACAAUGGAGCUGGAAAAACAACCACUAUAUCAAUACUCACCGGAUACUAUCCAGCAACUUCAGGUGGUGCUUACAUUAAUGGAUUGAGUGUUGUAGAAGAUAUUGAUCUAAUCCGACGUAACUUGGGCAUAUGUCCUCAACAUAAUGUACUGUUUGACAGACUAACUGUCAAAGAACAUCUCUGGUUUUUUGCUGGACUAAAGGGUGCUCAGAACAGGGUAUCAGACAAUGUACAGAAAAUGAUUGAGGAUUUAAAACUGGUUGACAAAACUGAUACUCAAUCGCAAUCUCUCUCUGGUGGUAUGAAGAGAAAAUUAAGUGUUGGUAUUGCUUUAAUUGGUGGAUCAAACUUUGUUGUACUUGAUGAACCCACAAGUGGGAUGGACCCCUAUGCUCGUCGCAUCACAUGGGAUCUCCUUGAGAAAUACAAGGAGGAAAGAACCAUACUAUUGACAACACAGUUCAUGGAUGAGGCUGAUGUCCUUGCUGAUCGCAUUGCUAUUAUGCAUAGUGGUACAUUAAAUGUAGUGGAUCAUCUCUCUUUUUUAAAAUCACACUAUGGUAUUGGAUAUCAUUUAACUAUUGAGAAACAGUCCACAGCAGAUGUACAAAAUAUAACUGCACUAGCCAAGAGAAAGUACAAGGCACAAAUUUCUAGUGAUUUGGGAGCAGAACUCUCUCUUCUCCUUCCAACAAAAUCAACUCACCAGUUUCCACAAUUACUCAACAUAUUGGAAUCUCAAAAGCAAGAGAUGAAGAUUAACAGUUUUGGUAUCUCUGUCACCACAAUGGAGGAAGUAUUUCUUCAAGUUGGAAAGAAUACAGAUGUUGGAUUUGUUCUUCAUUCUGACUCUAUACCUCCUUACUCUACCUGUGGAUGUGAAAACACAGCAGAAACUUGCCAGUAUUUGACACCAGCUCUAGUUACAUCAGCAGCAAGUAUUCAAAAUGUCUCGUCACUUGGAAUCACAGAUUUCAGUGGGUUAUUAACUGAAGUUUGUUCAACAUUCAACGAUUCAAUUGCUACCUGUGAACAGUUGCCUACAACAGCCUGGUUCUAUGAAGCAUACUCUGGAAGUUUAGAUGCUGCAUUGAAAGGUUCUCCUGCAAUGCUGGGUCUGAUUGUCAAUGUAUUAACUCUUCUCAAUGUCUUGUUGGAGAGACUUCUAUUCCACCAGACACUACGACCACAGAGAAAACAGCCACAAUAUGGUACAAUAACCAGGAGUACAAAAUCAACUACAGCCUAUCUUUGUCCCUGCAUCAGUCAGGACUCUAAAUUGGCUGUAAAUGGUGUUAGUCUUACUAUUGAAGGAGAAUGCUUUGGUUUGUUGGGUGUCAAUGGAGCAGGGAAGACUACUAUCUUCAAAAUGUUAACAGGUGAUAUAACUAUCACUCAUGGGACUGCUGUAAUAGCUGGACAUGAUAUUAGGACAAAUCUUCAUACUGCACAACAAACACAUGGGUAUUGUCCACAGUUUGAUGCACUAAUGGAACUGUUGACUGGUCGAGAAUUGUUGACAUUGUUUGCUCGACUGAGAGGUAUCUAUGAGAAGGACAUCAAAGCAACAGUAGAGGCUGAAAUAAAGAGAUUAAAUCUUGUCCAGUAUGCCAAUAAACGAUGUGGCACAUACAGUGGAGGCAACAAACGCAAACUCAGUACAGCCAUAGCCUUUGUUGGUAAUCCUCCAAUUAUCUUUCUUGAUGAGCCUACAUCUGGUAUGGAUCCAGUGACACGACGGUUUGUAUGGAAUGCUAUUACUCAAAUCAUCAAAGAAGGACGAAGUGUGAUAUUAACCUCUCACAGUAUGGAGGAGUGUGAGGCUCUCUGUACAAAGACUUGCUAUUAUGGUUAA